UUUUAUUUAAAAUGCCUUUCAUAUCUUAAGAAAAUGCUAACAAGUUAUAGAUGAAUUUGACUUAAUCUUACUAGWGCAAAACACAUUUGUCCGAUGAUUAACAGUUUGACGUUUUUGGGUCAAAUCAUUUAUGUCCAUACAUUUUAAGUGAAUUUGCUUUAAUUAGAUUUGUCCUAUAACUUGCCAUGUCAGAGGGGGGAGUUCAUAUCCAUGUUAGGGAAUAAAUAUUGUUUUGUUAAAUUAUCUUGCUAUUUGCUGCUUCACCAAGUUUGCUUGGAAUUUCCUGUGUGUGUCAAACCAUCACAARGUAGUGCAACUCCUACAAACUGGAAAUUAUUUGACGAAUGAAAAUCUGAAAAGUGCGGCAUGCAUUUCAAGAGCCACCUUUUGCUGCAUUGAAAAAACUUUUUAAGUACGUUUCAGCGUUGCACAUCAAGCAAAAAUAGCUCAGGCUCGUCCAACCUAGUGUCUGUGAAAGUAAUUUUUUUCAAGUCUUCUAGAUUGGAUUUAGGUCUGAACUUUCACUAGGACCUCCAGGGGUCUUCAACUCUAGUCCCAGAGGACUGGUGUCCUGCAACUUUAAGAUGUGUUUCUGCUUCAAAACGCCUGGGUCAAAGAGUAAGGUUACCAUGGUUCAGUGUGUUUUUUCUUGUAGUUUUAUACCUCAGAUAGUGUUUUAAAAACUUGGUUUUUGAGAAACCAAGCACAUGUCUGCUGUGUACAUAAAGGUUUUUUUUAUUACUUUCUUUUUACAGGGGCUUUCUUCUUGCCACAGUGCAACUCUGGCUAUAAAAAAAACAACAUAUAUGUUGUUUUAACACGUGUGUGUGAAUUGCUAAAUUCAGAAUACACGUUUCAAAAUGUUCCACAUUUUGUCUCAGGAUCUAUUUUUUUGAAUUAUAUUUGACAGACUGAAACAAAAUAAUGUAUAACUGGGGAUAUUUUUUUAAUAAAUGAAAAUCUGAGAAGUGUGGCAUGCAUUUGUAUUCUGCUCCCUUUACUCUUACACCCUUAAAUAAAAUUCAUAAAACCCUGUAGCUUAAUAUGUACUUUGAUAUCUCUUAAUUUUAUUGGUUAAAUUAAAUUAUGAGGUCAUUACAUUAUGGUUAGGUCAUUASAUUUAUGUUAAAUUCCCUUUACUUCUCCACUCCAUCUGACCUUUUAGUGUGAUCGCAAAUUUAAUUCAGUUCUUCUGAAAAUCCACUUCAGAUUUCAACCAUUUCAUCUGAAAAAAAAAAAAAAACCCAACAAAAAAAACAAAAACAUUUGAAUAUCAGGCUGCUCUAUUUCUGUUAGGUGUGAAUGAGAGAAAACUCUCAAAAGAUACUCACAAAUGUCAAGACAAGAAUAACAAACGGGCUGUGAUUAUGAGUAAACCACCGGGGGAGAUUAUUUAUCGGAGCAAGGAUUCGCGGCCACGCGCAGCGUGUGAAGCGAUGGCGUGUUGUUCAGAGCUGCGGCCUCGUCGUAGUUACCUCGAGCUGAGAUAUUACAUAAAAUAUGAGUCUCCCUCACGGUGAGGGAAUGUGCAGCCGGGUUAUCAGCGUGUGUGAGGAAUCCUUUACUGCAGAAAAGUCCUUUUAACCUUAGAGAUGAUCAUUAGGCCAAUCACACAAAAAUGGAGACAUCGCUCUAGUUCAAGAUUCCUCGCAUUGACUUCACACACRGCCUGUAAUGGAUUUUAGAAAGAUUUAUGUGAUUUGAGCGGUUAAGAGCGAUCCGCUCUGUGUCUCUGAACGUCCUCUGCACUCACCACCAGACCUCUUAGAAAAUAAAYGCUCGUUUUCCUACAGUUUGCUCCACCUUCUUUGUAUUUGUAGUACAUUUACGGGACAGACUUCCACAAAGUAUGUAAUUGCGAAACGUUAGACAAAUUAAACGUGGUUUGAAAAAUAUGUUACAAACAAAAGUUUGAAAAUGUGACACCCAUAUCUUGAGUCAAUAUUUAGCACAACCAUCUUUUGUUGCAAUUACAAUAACUCUAUAAAGUCUAUAGCUUACAGAUCUAGGCUUUGCAUAUCCAGACAUUUUUUUGAGUCCUUGCAAAAAGGCUCAAACUGUGGAAGUUUGCAUAUCAAGAAUCCCUAAACAUCAAUUUUCAAUUCUCGCCACAGAKUGUCCAUUAAAUUUCGGUCUGGUUUUGGUCUGUUUGUUCCACUGUGGACUUCACAGAACAGCUUCAUUUAUCCUGAGACUAAAUGACAAACCAACAAGCCCUUUGUGCUCAUUAAGUUAUUUCUGGAGGUAGUUCGUUGCAGUGGAUUAAUCUUAGAGGAGUUAUGAUAACUAAAAAGUCGAAUACAACGGGCAAGCCACAAGUUUCAAAUUGUGUUUGUGCAACAUUUUGACAAGCAUUUUUAUUCCACUUCACAGACGUGCCAUCCGUUGUGUUGGGUGAUUUCAGAAAGUCCAACAUAAACACAGAAGUUUGGGACAAAAAUGUGAGCUGUGCGGAAUGUUAUAACAAAAUAUGAGCUGACAUUAAAUGCAAAAAUCUUCAGAGAUAAAUUGGGCAGCCGUUGUCUCUGAAGGAUUAAGUACAGUCUGGGAUGGGAAACWACUGGAAAAUCAUUUAUGCAACUUUGGCAAAGAAUUAGUUGCAGUCUGAGAAGGCAUUGAUUUAACACUCAGAUCCAAUUACAGAAAAACUCAAUCAAAAACUUCACUUCUACGCAGUUUCAUUUAUGCUUAAUUUAUCUUUUUACGCUUUUUCCGUUGUCUUAUUUAGCAGUUUUCAUUUAACCUUCAGCCUUAACACACACACACACACACAUCAGUACUUCAAGGAUACAAGACUGAAUAUCAUAACUGCUGCAGAAAAGAUCUUUCAGUAGAAACUCCAGCUAAAAAGCGCUAAAAAGGACAGAAUUGAUGAGUUUGAAUCUUUUCAUUUUUCUUUGAUGUGUUAUAUCCACUUUCCUGGUGCAAGCAACAGCUUGAAUCGACACCAAAGGAAGCGAUUCUCUCCCUCAGGAGGCAACACUUUGCAAAGCCAGCUCAUGCUCUCUGCAAGGGCUCACUCACUCUGGCCUGGACCAUGAGCAAUGAUCUGCCUGUUCUGACAAGUCUGACAGAGAACUCCACUCAACAGGAUGCGCCCGUGUCGACCGGCCAGGCGGAGGACUACGUGCUGCUGCUGGUGCUGCUGAGCGUCUUCGCCGGCGGGACGCUGGUCCUGCUGUCCCUGCUGCUGCUCUUCUGUCACCGCUGCUGCUUGGGUGGACGACGCUACUCCAGAGCCAGCGAUGACCCUGAGAAGACRAACACGACUUAUGCUGAGGAUUCUCAGCCCACGCAAGAGAUCACAAUUCGCCUGGAUGAAGCAGACGCUCUCUCGGCGUCGAGCUGUCACGAUGGAGAGUCGGACCGAUUCGUUUCCACCGGCUCCACGGGCCGCAGAGUGUCCUUCAACGAAUCCGCGCUGUAUGAGCAGGAGAAAAACACACAGGAAAAAGGACGCAGGUACACGCUCACCGAAGGAGACUUCCAUCACCUGAAAAAGGCCCGGCUGACCCACCUGCACCUGCCUCCCUCUCCGUGUGACCUGAAGAUACUCACCAUCAUGGAGUGCGACUCCACGGAGAGCAGCACCAUCAACAUCAGUGAGACUUCGGCUCCCGAGCUGCCCCUCAGCAUCUACCAGCCUGCGGAGAGAAGAGUCCCUGACUGGCUGGGACAGAGCCUGAGUGGGGGGCUGCCUGGAGAUCCACACCACUCUACCGUCCUGGACCAGAGAGACAGGCAGUCCUCUUCUGUCCUCAAGUCCCAGCGCUCUCAGACAAUGGAGGCCAUCGGAAACAGGGGCGAGGCCGAGAGCGAGUGGGGGCCGAGGGGAGAGCCGGCUCAGGCCCCGGGUCCGACGUCUGUCCUGCACUUCCUCUCCAAACUGCGGCGACAUGCCAGCCUGGAGGGGGCCGGGCCUUACUUUAGGAGGUGGAAGUUCGACACCAGCCAUCGGGCCGCCAGUCUGGACGCCAAAGGCUCCCCAAAGAGAAAACCUUUUCAGAGACAGAGAGCAGCAAGUGAAACCACCGACCACACCGAUGAAGACUCCUCUCCGUUCCGAGAUGACGCCUUUGAAUCUUUCCCACAUAUUCCCAUCCAGACCAGCGGCCUCCAGUCCCUCUCCGCUGAGACUCUGCCUCAUUCUGAAACAGCUCCUACAUCCUCUGUCUUCCUCAGGAGGCUAAAGCUGGAGGCCAUGGUGGAGGUAGGUGGCAGCRCCACCAGCAGCAGCAGCAGGAGAGCCGAACUCUGUCUCCCAUCUGAUCGCGCUCUGGGUCAGGUUGAGACUGCCGUCAACGGAACUGGAGCGGAACAAGAAACGGCGUUUGGAGCAGCGAUAAGAACCAAAACAACAAGAAAUGAGUCGGAGUCUGCGGAAGAUGACGACCUGUUUGGUGCGGGGCCAGGACCMACCAGGCGGGACCGGUUUGAAGAGCUGUUGAGACAAACCGAGGAUGCAAAAACAGACGUYGGCACAGCUGGUGUGAGAAAAAAGAACRAUGCAGGGACAGAUGAGGGAGACGAUGUGACAUUGGGARCCGUGGCCAGAAGAAGGACAGACUCAGGCUCGUCUCUGUCUUUCAUGAUCCACCAAGAGAGCUCAGAGGCACCCCCGUCCCUCUACAGAGAUAUCUGGAGCCUGAGAGCCUCUCUGGAGCAAUAUGCGUCUUCAGAUCAGAGCAGCACCGAUCGUGAGUCGGUCCGCAGUGACGCAGACAGCGUCUCGUCCUUUGGCGGCGCAGGAGCUCGCUCGGGCCUGGACACCUGCCUGUCGCAAGACCUGGACGACGAGCCUGAAGGAGACGGGGAGGCGGAGGGCGGAACCAGAGGGGCGUCAGGGGUAGACGGGGAGAUGGGGAAUGGAGCUGGUGGAGAGGCAGAGGGAGGAAAUAGGAAGUUGCUUCAAAUGGACAGUGGUUAUGCCUCUAUUGAAGCGCCAUCCAGAGCCCCUGAAGAUAUGAGGCUGUUUGGGACUCCUGGGGCCCCUCGGGGGAAGACUGCAUCUGAGAGGAGACUGUUUUUUACCAGCUCUGGGAGGAAAGGCUCAGUGUGUGAGAGCGUGGAGACCAAGUUGUUUCAGGAGGAGCUGGAGGACCAGAUGGCCCUCACCGCAGACACAGAGGACAGACUAAAACAGAAAUCUCAGGGUGACUGUCUUUCUCACACCCUUCAAGAGCCAUAUCAGCUACUGAAGUCCCUCCAUCCUCAGAAGCCUCCAGAAACACAAACUCAGCUCAUUUCUCCGUUGGUGAGCCCGACCCCACAGCCCCCGAGUCCUCAUCGAUCCCGUCUCCGUCGCCGUGACUACAGCAUAGACGAGAAGACAGACGCGCUCUUCAACGAGUUCCUUCGUCACGAUCCGCGCUUCGACCAGCAGGACUCUCCGCUGCGGUCCAGGCACAGGUCCAGGGUUCACCUCCGGAAGCAGUGGCAGAGACACAAGCAAUACAGCGACCCGGGUUCGGCCUCGGGGGGAAGGUACUCGCCGUCUCUAGAGAGACAGAGGUUCAUCCCGCUGAGGAGGGGGGACAGCGCAGGCUACCCGCUGGACACCAGGUACCACAGCACCCUGUCGAGAAUAGCGAGCGCUGCCGAUGAAGAAGCCAGCGAGGUCGCGGCUUCUGAGGAGGCGGCAAUGGAGAGAGCAGAAGUUCCGGUAGGAGAGGCAGCUGCAGGGAGCACGGCCGAGAGAACGGCCGACGGAGUAGACCCAACGAGAAGCGUCUCCGCAGAGUUGGCUGGUGAGACUGAUGGCUGCCAACUGUCCACAAGCAAGGAGGCGGGAAGCGCGAGCAGCACUCUGUCGGCGCAAAUGAGCCACAUGGACCCCAGAGUGGACAACAGGAACAACAACAGCAGCCAGGCCAUCGUGUCAGAGGUUUCCCUGCAGGCCCAGAGCAGCCUAGCAGACAAGCUGGUGGCGUCGGUGGACGAGAGACUCUACGGCGGACUGCGCCGCGCGGAGAAGACCCGACAAGCAGGGUCAGAGGUCAUCGUGACGCACACUGCCUCACCGGGGUCCAAUCCCACAUAAUCCCCUGCCGUUGUAUUUAUCACAAAACCACAAUAAGUCAAACAUCAUCAUGUGUCAGACACAGUCCAACAUUAUCACGUGUCUCUAGCAGCAUUAGCUUCCAGCAUUAGMAUUAGCUUCCGGCUCGUCCAGUCACACCCGAACUGCCGCUGUGACGUCCCUCCGUCAGUAACCAGAAAACUCAUCGCCGACAUUCAAAGAUGUAGAUGCAUCUUUAGAAAAUGUUAUUUUCUGACCUACCUGUGACUUUUYAGCAUGCUAAGUCCAAGCUACGUGUCUGUGAAUAGUGUACAGUUUUAACCUCUAUGAGCACUUUGAUGGGAUGAAAUCUACCGCUGGUGUUUGUCAGCCAUUUCUCUCAUGUCCCUKUCCUCCUCAAGUGUCCUUGUUUGUCUCUGCCGUCAUGAGGGUGAAAGGUCGUGUGAGAGAGCGGUCAUUYCACRAAUAAUGAUACGGUGAACCGCAAAUGUCUUCACAGCCCCUUGGCUUUUACACUCACAACCACAAAAUUGUGUUUAGGUGGAAUUUUACGACAGACACACAUGAMGUAGUGCAAAAUUUGAUUUUUUAGCUUUAAAAAAAAMAACCUCCUUUUGAAAUUAAGAAAAACGCUAUAGAACCAGAGAGAACAAAUGAGAACAUUAAUUUUCAAUUCCUGCCACAGAAUCUCAAUGGGAUUUAGGUAUGGAUAUGACUCUACGAUUAAGGUCCUCUGACAGGGUUUAGCUAAAGUGAGUGGUGUGCAACAUGUAGGCCAAAUGGUUCAGCUGUAGUCUAUAACAAAAUGAAACAACCAAGCUCCUCCAGAGUUAGCACGCUCCUCUUUAGUACUUUUAUGAAUAAUGUUCCCCUAAUAUUCUUGUAACAAUCCACAGAUACCAUCAAAUACCAGCAGGAUUCAUAUUGAGAAUAAAUUAGCCACAGUUGGACUAUGGUAUUAAGUAGAAAACCUCUGGAGACAAUUAUUUGCACUGGGUUUUUAUUUCUGGCUAUUUUUAUAAUUGCACACCAGUUUUUAGAUCAUUUGUUCAUUUCAUUUAAAAUACAUUUAAAAUGCAGUAUUUGUGUCCGUCUGUCGCAUAGAAUUUCAAUAAAAUAUAAUUUUGUGGUUGUAAAGUUUUAAAAAAACAAAAGCGGUGUGAAUACAUUUGCCAGUCACUGUAUGAAGAACGAUACCAAACAUGUUUACAGCUGCCCUCGCUUUCAUUAACACUUUAUCAGCYGACCUGAAGAUAUCACUAUAAAACCAGAUGGAAAGCAGAAGAUGCAGUCAAAUAAAAACAAACAAAAAAAUGUGAGCAGUUUUGCAUUUGCUCCUUAUAUUUAAGUUGUGUUUAUUUGUGUUAGUCAUCAGUUCUUGUUAUGUAGCACGACUGAGGAGACGGSGUUCAGGCGUGGGCUUUAGUGUAUCUGGGACUCUUUGGAGGGAAGACUGACGGAUGAUGCUUGAAGUGAGUGACAGAAGCCUCCGAGGCUUUUAAACAGAUUGCUCACGGAGGAGUUCAGGCUGUCACAUGCUGAAUGUAAUCAGAGGUGGCGUUGCCCUGUGCCCAGGAGAAAACGAAAUCAUUAACACACUGUGUAAGUCCAAAUAAAAACGCGGGAAUAAUCCGUUUUUCUCCCGAAAACAAAUCUUGCAGAGUCUGAUAGUUUAUUUCUUUUGAGUCUGAUUGUACAUAACCCUGCAAAAACUYCCAAGAAACGUCAAAAAARAAAAARAAAAAAAAAAAAAAAAAGCACAAUCAGAAAUGUUUCUGGAAAAAUGKGGAACAUAAGAUGAUUGUUUAUGGCUCAAAAGUGACUAGAAAUUAAUAUCAUUGGAAAGUUUGCAGUAAUAGURAAAACRAAAUGCCAUUAUUACUUAAGGGAAAAAAGGUGAGAAYUAAUCGGRAAUUCUCUCAAUACACUGGAAGAUGAGCAAAUGUAUUUUUCCAUCUAAAAAAUAAAUUUAAAAUGAUUAUUUUAUGGCCRUUUCCAGCUUAAAUUUGUUGUAUUCUUUAAAAUCAGUAGAAAGGGAAAAAAAGAACUAAAUCCCUGAAAUACAUGAGUGAGAUGUCGUUUUUUUUUAAAUUUUUUUUUUAACAAAACAUUUGAAGGAACGAAUACAUCCAGCUAAAUAUUACUUGAUUUAGCUUUAGCUGCAAUCAGUGAGUGAAUGUAGUCRGUGGGGAACAUAAAACAUUUAUACGCAUCCACA